AUGCUCCUAGAUCGAGGCGCAGACGCCAACGCCUCGGACUUGGAUAAAGGCAGUGCACUCCAAUCCGCGUCGUUCAGCGGGAAUGCCAAUAUUGUACGGUCACUGCUCGACCACGGUGCUGAUAUUGAUGCCCAGGAAGGGGAACUCUGGAAUCCACUGCACACCGCUGCACAAAGAGGGCAUGAGAAGGUUGUGCAGGUACUGCUAGAUCGAGGCGCCAGUGUAAUGCUCGGAAAGGGGAGUAUGACAGUACUGCGCUUCAUUUUGCAUCAUCCAAUGGCCAUGAAACCAUUGUGCAGAUGCUACUUGACCACGGUGCGGAUCUCAGUAUGCAAGCCGCAGAUCGGAGUAUCAGAGGCGAUCCCGUCUAUCCGACACUUACUCACGCGGUGA